AACCGGAUCUGCAGUGUUCAGUGCUGCAGCCAAACAGGUCCUACCCACGUUUCGGAUCAAGUGUCCACGUUUGUAAGUGCAGUGGUGGUUUUACUGAUAUUUUUUUUUAGACUUUAAUGCACAGAGAGAGUUAAAAAGAGAUGUGGGGAACAAAGAGGAGGGACAUGCAGUAAAUCCGUAACCACGAGGUGGAAUCGAUCCGGUGACCGUUGCGGUGGGUAAUUUCUAACCCAGUACAUGGCGCUAACAGAGGUGAUUUCAGGUGAUAAAGGGUCGCGUUAGGUAACUGCAAAUGCUGAUUACUGGCGUGUAAUAAAGAAAAAAAGCUUCUCGGACUCCAUGAUGGUGAACCUCUGCUGCCUCUGCUGCGGUGAACUCCCUCAGCCCCGCCCCCCUCCGCCCAGCCAGCCGGGAGCACCGCGGGACCCCCGCUCUGCACAGCAGCAGCAGCCUGCUGGCUCCGGCCCAGACGCUGUGGGGCUGCUGGGGGCGCAGACAGGGGGAGCAAACGGAGGGAUAUCCAGACCGAAGCAGGUGAAGAAAAAGGAGUGAGCUCGGCAUCUCUCUCUGACAUGCGAGGAGUGCAGCAUGCUCUCUUCCGAUCAGGACUCUGCGGAGGACACGGCGACCAGCGGUCCUAAUGAUGCCGAAGGAGAGGAGCUGGAGGAGGACUCACCUGCUGAGAGUGAUGCCCCGGAGGAGCAGCGUCCGGUCCCGCAGUCCCUCGGUGCUUGUGUCUGCAGGGAGUCCCAUUGGCGCUGCCUGCUGCUCUCCCUGCUCAUGUACAGCUGCCUGGGUGUGGUUGCCUGGUGUCAGCUGACCCGUGUCACCAAGAUUAGCUUCAACUCGGCCCUCACUUCCUCCUUCACGGCCUCCUUCACCUCCUCCAUGCGUGGGGCCUCCGGGAUGGGCGUUGGGGGACACUCCAUGAUCUACCACGACAGCCCCUGCUCCGACGGAUACAUCUACAUCCCCCUGGCCUUCCUGCUCAUGCUCUACGUUCUGUACAUGGUGGAGUGCUGGCACUGCAGAGCCCGGAGUGAGCUGCAGUGCAAAGCGGACGUGGACAGCGUGUACGAGCGGGUGCUGCGGAUGCGGCAGGCCCAGCCUUGCAUUUGGUGGAAGGCGAUCAGCUACCAUUUUGUGCGACGGACUCGGCAAGUCACUCGGUACCGUAACGGGGACGCCUACACCACCACACAGGUGUACCACGACCGAGUCAACACCCACGUGGCGGAGGGCGAGUUCGACUUCAGCCACUGCGGAAUGAAAGAUGUUUCUCGUGACCUCACAGGCCUAGAGGGGCAUCCGGCAACUCGCCUGCGCUUCACUAAGUGUUUCAGCUUCACCGAGGCAGGGCCAGAAAAUGAAUACCUCAACCAGAGAGCCAGGUUCUUCUCUGAAAUCGAAGGCUUGGAUGAUUACAUGGAGGCCCGAGAGGGGAUGCAGCUGAAGAAUGUGGACUUCAGAGAAAACCUGAUCGCCUAUGUGGACCCGGACAGGAUGCCUUGGUACACUUCCCAGGUUGCCUUCUGGCUGGCAGCUCUGCUCAUGCUGUCCUGGCCUCUCAGAGUGCUCAUCGAGUACCGCACUGCUUAUGUGCACUACCGCAUAGAGAAACUGUUUGGGUUGGAGUACAUCCAAAGCAGCCCCUCUCCUCUGGAUGAAGACAGGAAUAAUACCACGUGUGCUAUUCCAAGAGUGGACACGCUGGACAGCACUGAGAUGGAGUGGCACAUACGCUGCAACCGCCAGGUGAUUCCCAGCUACUCAGAGGCCAUGCUGAUAAACAUGAGCACGGCAGACUCUACCUCCUUACAGGACACCUCGUCCUCCAACUGCGUCCUGCUGGACACCGGUCAGACGGCUCCGAGCUACGGAGCUCUCCAUAGCCAGGACGACUGCGAGCAGUGCAGCGACCAGAACGGACGAGGGGCCGGAGGAGGCAGGAGGAGGACCAUCACCAGCUCCAGCUGCUCCUCCAUCUUCUCCUGCCGAGGAGCGCUCCUCCACUCCCACCUCUCCUCGGACACGUCUCGCUUCUCCCUCUGCCGCAUGUACGGCUCCCAUCACACCGUGGCUCUGUGGAGGAGCCACAGCAGCAACCUGACGGACCCCUGCUGCGCCGAUGAGCAGUGCCGCCGCUCCGACUCCAGCCAGCUGGCUCUCAGCGACAGUCCGCCAACCUACAGAGACGCCCGCUUCUUCCCUGUUCUCAUUGUGCAUCGGUCUGAGGGCAACGAGGACGGGAGGGAAGUGAGGCGGUAUUACAUACGGAGAGGGUCGUCGUGUGUGGAGACGGCUCUGUGAAGGAGUGGAAAUAAGACUAAGAUCGUGCCGCUGAAAACUGAGGGUGCCAUUGGGUUGGUCACUAUGGAGAUUUAUGGAUAAAAUGUGCUUUUUCAGGAAAUUUCCGUUGUAAAUAAAAACGCAAAACAAACAUAAAUAGUCUUUUUUACCAGACUUUCUAUUUUUGAACACAGUUUCAAAGAGUCAUGGUGUUGAAUUGUGCAUAUAUGUGGGUCAUUCCAUCUCAAAUCACCAGGGGACUUCAGCUCAGCCACCUCUGAUUUGCUUAUAACUUUUUAUCAUAAACUAUAGCUCUUUGACACAUUAUCUAUGACAUUUUUUUAAGAUACUUUAAAAAACGGCUCCCAUUUUCAGCAGGAUUUUUCCCAUAUUGAAAUUGAAUGUUACGUUUAAAUCUCUCAGGAACUUACUGAUGAUAAACGCCUAAAAGAUUCACUGUUAUUUCUAACUAUGCCACUAAUUCAGAAUCUGGUUGGACAAGCAGAUCAAACAGAGUCUGAUUAUGGCUGAGUUGAAUUAUGAAAAGAACAAUGAAAGCUGUCAUGAAAAGUCUCGCCUUUGACUGGAUGAAAACAGAAAAAUUGACAAAGCAGAAGUCAACUGGUGGUAUAUUCUGAACAACAUGCAGCUACAUGUCACAAUUAUACGAAACAAAACAGAAUUCUUUUUAAUAUGAAAUACUUGGACACAGAAAUGAAAAAAAACCACUUUUGUUUCUGAAUCAAUGGUGAGAAAUAACAGUUAAUGUUUUAGACUUUUAUUUUUAAUAGUUCCUUAUUCCAGAUAUUGUCAUUCAUACUUAGCCUCAAUUUUCAAAGCAGCAAAUCAUGUUCUGAAAGCUGACAAAAACAUUUCAGGACGUGUUUGAUAUUUGAAGUUGAAAUUUCACAAAUAUCUUUAGAAAUACCCAUAUAUUAUGCUAUAAAAUUUUCAAGCAAAUCAGACAUAACAGAGGCAGAACUUUGAUGGUUUCAGAUGGAAUAACCCAGAUGUAGUUUCACCAAACUGUCUCAUGUGAACAUCUAUGGCUGUGCCUCGUCACGACAUCUUGUCAUAGUCUCCUCGCUGCAUGACCUGAAGCAUCCUACUGUUUUCAUCACCUGUACUCACCAGAAAUGUUUCAUCACAGGAGUCAAAACUUUACCAGUUUGUACACACUGGCCCUGUAUGUGUGUGAUUCAGCUGUAUGGAUAAAACUGGUCCCGUUAGAGACAUUUGUAGGAGGAAUACAUGAAAUACGAAAAGCUGCAUGUGGUUACCAAACAUAUUUUCUAUUGGUUGAUUAACAGACUUCAAGUUAAGACCAAAGACAUGAGUAUUUUAUUUUUGUAUUAUUAUUUUUUAAAACAUGCAAAAGAAAAUAAAUAAUGACAGGUCUGUGAACUGGAGCGCAUGGCGUGAAUGUCAAAAUAAAAGCAAUAAAUGCG